CUGUUCACACAGGGUACCUCUAGUAUGACAUGUGCUGAGAUUCCACCUGCUUUUUAACGAUGAAGGAGACAGACCGGGAGGCUGUAGCAACAGCUGUUCAGAGGGUUGCUGGGAUGCUUCAGCGCCCGGACCAGCUGGACAAAGUGGAGCAGUACCGAAGGAGAGAGGCCCGGAAAAAGGCCUCAGUGGAGGCCAGACUGAAGGCUGCGAUCCAGUCCCAGUUGGACGGUGUGCGCACAGGCCUGAGCCAGCUGCACAAUGCACUGAACGAUGUCAAAGACAUCCAGCGGUCCCUGGCCAACGUCAGCAAAGACUGGAGGCAGAGCAUCAACACCAUUGAGAGCCUCAAGGAUGUGAAGGAUGCUGUCGUGCGGCACAGCCAGCUUGCCGCAGCUGUGGAAAACCUCAAGAACAUCUUCUCAGUGCCCGAAAUUGUGAGGGAGACCCAGGACCUCAUAGAACAAGGGGCGCUCCUACAGGCCCACCGAAAGCUGAUGGACCUGGAGUGCUCCCGGGACGGGCUGAUGUAUGAGCAGUACCGCAUGGACAGUGGAAACACUCGAGACAUGACCCUCAUCCACAGCUACUUUGGGAGCACGCAGGGGCUCUCGGACGAGCUGGCCAAGCAGCUGUGGAUGGUGCUGCAGAGGUCACUGGUCACUGUUCGCCGUGACCCCACCUUGCUGGUCUCAGUUGUUAGAAUUAUCGAAAGGGAAGAAAAAAUCGAUAGGCGCAUACUUGACCGAAAAAAACAAACUAGUUUUGUUCCUCCUGGGAGGCCCAAGAAUUGGAAGGAGAAAAUGUUUGCCAUCUUGGACAGAACCGUGACGACUAGAAUUGAGGGCACACAGGCAGACACCAGGGAGUCCGACAAGAUGUGGCUCGUCCGCCACCUGGAAAUCAUAAGGAAGUACGUCCUAGAUGACCUCAUCGUUGCCAAAAACCUGAUGGUUCAGUGUUUCCCUCCCCAUUAUGAGAUCUUCAGAAACCUCCUGAGCAUGUACCACCAGGCCCUGAGCACGCGGAUGCAGGAGCUUGCGUCCGAAGACCUAGAAGCCAAUGAGAUCGUGAGCCUGUUGACAUGGGUCUUAAAUACCUACACAAGUGCAGAGAUGAUGGGGAACAUGGAGCUGGCCCCAGAAGUGGAUGUCAGCAUCCUGGAGCCUUUGCUUUCUCCAGACGUGGUCUCUGAGCUGCUUGACACGUACAUGUCAACUCUCACUUCAAACAUCAUUGCCUGGCUGCGGAAAGCACUAGAAACAGACAAGAAAGACUGGAUCAAAGAGACAGAGCCUGAAGCCGACCAGGAUGGGUUCUUCCAGACGACCCUCCCUGCCAUUGUCUUCCAGAUGUUCGAACAGAAUCUUCAGGUUGCUGCUCAGAUAAGUGAAGAUUUGAAAACAAAGGUACUUGUUUUGUGUCUUCAGCAAAUGAACUCUUUCCUGAGUAGAUACAAAGAGGAAGCUCAGUUGUAUAAAGAAGAGCACCUGAGGAAUCGGCAGCACCCCCACUGCUAUGUCCAGUAUAUGAUCGCCAUCAUCAACAACUGCCAGACCUUCAAAGAAUCCAUAGUCAGUUUAAAAAGGAAGUAUUUGAAAAAUGAAAUGGAAGAAGGCAUGUCUCUGAGCCAGCCAAGCAUGGAUGGGAUUCUGGACACCAUUGCAAAGGAGGGCUGCAGCAGCCUGCUGGAGGAGGUCUUCCUGGACCUGGAGCAACAUCUCAGUGAGCUGAUGACAAGGAAGUGGCUGUUAGGAUCCAAUGCUGUGGACAUUAUUUGUGUUACCGUGGAAGACUAUUUCAAUGAUUUUGCCAAAAUUAAAAAGCCGUAUAAAAAGAGGAUGACCGCGGAGGCGCAGAGGCGAGUGGUGCUGGAGUACCUGCGGGCUGUCAUGCAGAAGCGCAUCUCCUUCCGCAGUGCAGAGGAGCGCAAGGAAGGUGCCGAGAGGAUGGUCCGGGAGGCCGCGCAGCUCCGCCUCCUGUUCCGGAAGCUGGCCUCCGGAUUUGGGGAGGAUGCAGAUGGGCACUGUGACACCAUUGUGGCCAUCGCAGAAGUUAUUAAGCUGACGGAUCCGUCUCUGCUCUACCUGGAAGUCUCCACUCUGGUCAGCAAAUAUCCAGACAUCAGGGACGAGCACAUCGGUGCGCUCCUGGCCAUGCGAGGGGAUACCAGCCGGGACAUGAAGCAGACCAUCAUUGAGACGCUGGAGCAGGGCCCGACGCAGGCAAACCCAAACUAUGUGCCCAUCUUCAAGGAGAUUGUGGUUCCCAGUCUGAACGUGGCAAAGCUCCUCAAGUAGCCUGUUGGGCCGCAGCCUUGUUGCGAUGCUGUGCCCAUCACCCCCCCUUGGAAAUGUGUGGCAGCCAGAGCAACACGAGAUGCCCAGGACUCGCAUGCCCUCCUCUCCCGGUGUUGUGCUCAGGGCUUCUUGAAGAACAAGCACUCUGGGGGCCGUGGUUCUGCUGGCUUUCUCAUCUUUUUGUAAUGUCCUUUGUGUGGCAGGCUCUGGUGUGAGGGGCCUCAUGGUGCCUGUCCCCCUUAACCCCUGGGUCUUCUCUCAUUUCUGCACAGUGUAAACACUUCCAGAACUCUGCUGUUCAAUAAAAGAGUCUAACCUCCUGC